AUGACCAACAAAACGCAAGCGUUUCUGAAAUGUAUGCACUGCACACGUGCAUUUGAAUCGGGCAAUCCGAACGCUGGCAAGCCCGCCGACAUCCGUGCGGAAAAGAACGCGAUGGAAGCGCACCUCCGCAAAUGCAUGUUUGCACCGUCGCGCGAUACAACUCCAUCAUACAGCCAGAGUGGUGCGAUGCGAUCUGGUAGUAGCGGGUCGCCGCUUCUCGGUCCGACACACUCUCAGUCAUCAAUGAAACGGCCUCGCGAACAAUCCAUGUCGCGGUACAUCGCGCCGCCCAUCAUCGACGACCAGAAAGACCAGUUUCAUCGCUUGAUCCUGGAGUUCAUGGCGGAAUAUAGCCUGCCGGCCUCCUUCGUCGAAACCCAGACAUUCAAGCGUCUGGUCGAUUUCUGCAACCCUCAGUCGGCGCGAGAAUCAGUCGGAUGA